AUGGAGGAGCCCCACGCCCCCGACUACAGCCACCUCCCCACCGACGCCCUGCUGGUGGUCUUUGCCGCUCUUUUCUCGCCCGUUUCACCAUCAUCAUACUUUGCACAAGAAGGAUUGCCUCUCAGCACGUUCAUAGCACGGUGGCAUGCGGUGGGUCGAGUUUGCAAGACCUGGCGGGAGGCGCUGCUGGCCCACCCACCGCCCCUGUAUCUCGAAAUAUCCACACUGCCAGAGGACUGGAUCCCCUGGCUGGCCACGCUGCCGGUGCGGGUGCUGCGAAUUGAGGAAGGCCUGGAUGCGCGCUGGUCCUCGCUGCCCAAUGAGGAGGAUGAGGGGCAGCGUGGCGGGCCGCCUGGGGGCAUGCCCGGGCCGUUGCCCUCGCUCCAGCUUGUGGCAGGGCUGGAGGGCGCCGGCAGGCCCGCCCCCUUUUGGUCGCUGGCACCGUUCUCAGGGCUGCAGUCGCUGCAUCUUCAAGCCCCUGUCAGCAGCCCCAUGGAGCCUGCUGUGUUUGACAGCGCAGCAGUGAGGGACUUGCAGCUCCUCCAGCAGCUCUCCCUUGGUAGAUUUGCAGACUUCCAGCUUGAGCACCUGCCCUCCAGCCUGCGCCGCCUGCGGCUCGCGUAUGAUGGCCAGACACGCACUCUUAGCAUGGCGUGCCUGCCAGACCACAUUACCAACCUGGACCUGCUUCAGUUGGAGAAGCCGGGAGCGCUGGGGCUCUGCAUCGACGACUGCUGGUCUCGGGUGGCUCAGCUGGACGUCCGAUGCCGGGAGCUGCUGAUUGGCGUGCCGGUCCAGGACCGCCAGCUGAUUGCCACCUUUGAACGGCCCUACAGAGAAGGCAACUUUGUUCCUCCUCACAUUUGGGGGGAUGAGGAGGCUGACGACAAUAGCAAGCAGGCAGCUGAAAUGACCGCCAACCACUUCUUGGCCACCCUGCCCUGCUGCAGCAGCCGGCUGGAGCGCCUGCGCCUGGAGGGCGCCGCCGCCGCAUCCACCAAGUUCAUGCCGGUGCUUCCGCAUGGCCGGGCGUCGCUGCAGUGGCUGUGGAGCGUGGUGCGGCUGCAGGGGCUGCACAACCUGUAUGGCCUGAGCGGACACGAGAUGCAGGCGCGGCAGCAGCUGUUUGGCGACCGGCUGAGCUUUCGGUAUGUGCCAGAGCAUAGACCACAGGCCUGUGCCAUCCAGAUCGUGCGAGGCCGACUCCACCCAGGGCCCGAACCGGCGGAGCCCUGAUCACGCAGGCGGCGCCAGCUCCAUCGAGGCGUCAGCGACUAGGCGGGCGCCACCGUGCAGCCACUGGCAUGCGCGUUCCUGUGCAUGAUCCUGGCACGUCAGUUGAUUCAGUUUAG